AGGUACACAGGCCACAUUAUACGCAGUGAGGCGACGCUACUGGCCCCUCGAUGGCAGAAGUCAAGUAUGGCGCACGAUCAAAGGUUGCGUCCGCUGUUGUCGUGCUCAUCCACCACCGGUAGACUAUAUCAUGGGUAACCUGCCGGAGGCUCGAGUCACGGAAUCCCGACCAUUCGCAAACGUCGGUGUCGAUUAUUGUGGUCCGUUUUAUAUCAAGGAGAAGCGAGACCGUAGCCGCCGCCAAGUCAAGGUAUACGUGGCCAUUUUCGUAUGCCUAGCAGUUAAGGCGGUGCACAUCGAACUCGUCGGCGAUCUCACGAGCGAAGCCUUCAUCGCCGCUCUUCGACGAUUCAUCGCACGGCGAGGAUUUUGUUCGACGAUCCACUCCGACAACGGCACAAACUUCAUCGGCGCCAACAACGAACUAAGGGAGCUCUACGAACUCCUAAAAUCAGACGACUACAACGAGAAGGUCAGGACAUUCCUGGCCAACAAGCAAAUCGAAUGGCGCUUUAUACCCCCUCAUUCUCCGCAUUUCGGUGGGUUAUGGGAGGCAGCAGUAAAGUCUUUCAAGCAUCACUUUCGACGCGUCGUGGGAAAUGAACUGCUUACCUUCGAGCAAUUUAACACUCUGAUCAUCGAGAUAGAAGCAGUCCUCAACUCCCGACCACUAACACCCAUAUCCACCGAUCCCAAUGAUCUCCUCGUCCUCACUCCUGGCCAUUUUCUCAUUGGCGAAUCGUUAAUGAGUUUGCGUGAGCGAGAUUUCCGAGACACUCAAUCCAACCGACUCUCCAGAUGGCAAUACAUACAAAAGAUUAAGCAACAUUUCUGGAAACGUUGGCACCAGGAGUAUCUCAAUGAAAUGAACAAUCGCAACAAGUGGACCAAGGGUGGACACCACAUACAGGAAGGUACAAUCGUCCUGCUCAGAGAGGACAACGUACCCCCUAUGCAAUGGCCUUUGGGCCGUGUAAUCAAGGUCCAUCCCGGAGCUGACGGAAUCAUCCGCACCGCCACUGUAAAGACAUCAUCGAGCCUCCUGGACCGCGGCGUCAAACGGCUGGUCCCCCUGCCAUGUCAAGCCGCCCCAGACGAGUCCGGACAAUCACAAAUAUCGAAGAAGGAGGACAGCACACCCAUCUAA